AUGGAAGGUAGUAGGCACGAGGCAAAAUUCAUCGAAAAGAUCACCAAGGAGAUACUCAAAAGAUUGAAUCGCACAGUACUUCGCGUACCUUCAUACACAGUUGGAUUAGAGUCUCGUGUGAAGGAGGUUAAUUCAUGGUUACGGGAUGAAUCCAGUGAAGUUGGCAUUGGGGUGAUCUGUGGACUUGGUGGCGUAGGAAAGUCUACUGUUGCUAAAGUAGCUUACAACUCUAACUAUGACAGAUUUGAUGGCAGUUGCUUUCUUGCAAAUGUCAGAGAAAUCUCAGAUAAACAUCCAAAUGGUCAGGUUUAUUUGCAAAAACAAAUUUUUGAAAGUAUUUUGAAAGGCAGAAUCGAAAAAAUAUACAAUGCUGAUGAAGGAAUUGUCAAAAUGAAAGAUGCUAUUGGCAACAAAAAGGUUUUUAUUGUAUUUGAUGAUGUGGAUCAGCUGGAUGUCUUGGAUUCACUUAUUGGGACAAGGGAUUGGUUUUAUCCAGGGAGUAAAAUUCUCAUAACGACAAGGUGUGAGAAAUUGUUGAAGGCCCAUGAGAGGCACAUUUUAUUCAAGAUUAAGGAACUUGGAGACGAUGAGUCCCUAAAGCUCUUUAGCUGGUAUGCUUUUACACAAGGCCACCCUUUAGAAGAGUUCAAGGUGCUUUCAACAGAGGCAAUACAGCAUUGCGGUGGGCUUCCAUUAUCCCUUUAUGAUUUGGGUGAUUUUCUUUCAGGGAGAGGUAUGGAUAUAUGGAGAAGUAAAUUGCAGAAAUUGGAAGCAAUCCCUCAUAGCAAAGUUCAAAAGAAUCUUGAGAUAAGAUACAAGUCUCUAGAUGAUCAUGACCAGAGGCUGUUCCUCCUUAUUGCUUCGUCUUUUGUUGGGAAGGACAAGGAUGAUGUUAUCAAAAUAUUAGAGAACUGUGAUCUGCACCCAACAGUUGGAAUUCAAAACCUCAUUGACAGAUCCCUCAUCAGCAUUAAUGACGAAAAUAAGGUGAUGAUGCCUCCACUUAUUCAGGACAUGGGGAAAGAAAUUAUUCGUCGGGAAUCACCGGAUGAUCCCGAGAGAUUGUGUAAAUUGUUGAACCAAUGGGGUCUAUCAAAUUACGUGACAGAGAACAAUGAAACUGAUGCAGAUGGAGGAGACCUCCCAAGUGGACAUGUGUCGGAAGAUGGUCUUGUCCCAGCAGCUGGUCCUAAUGGUGCAAAAAGACCAUACUAUCAAGAUUUGCCAGAAAUAGCUAUUAUGCCAUACCUAGGUAAUUCGUUGAAAAGGCGAUUUGUAGGACUUCUUUCGACGUUCCCCUAUCUGGUGGCCUCAAAAGAUUCUUCCCAUGAUGAGAGAAGUACUUGUGAAGAUGCCUUCUUCUUUUUCCGGAAAAAACAACAUUGUACCGCUUAAUCAUGUGGAGCUAGAAGAUACACAAGAGUACAGUGAGAGUCAGGUUUCAAUCAGAGUCAUUAUCUGAUAAAAUCUGAGCAUCUUUAUGCUUGGCAUACCGUGUUAGUUGCACAAUUUUGUAAGUUAAAGAGGUACAUUCAGUUCUGUUAUUUUUUAUCAGCUUGGGUGGGCGAUGGUGUAAAUUAUGUUUCAUUAACUCAUUGUACAGUCAUAAGAUCGUUUCUUGUAGCUGCAUAGUUUGCUUUAGCAAACAGUUCACUGGAAGGAACUAAAAAUGUAACCUUUAACCAUUCCUUUUUAGUCUCCAAAAAUGUUGUUUUUCCUCUUUUAUAUUUCUAAUUAGACAGCAGGGCUCAAAUAUGAAAUAAGUAUGCUAGUUUUGA